GCCAUGCCUCAAGAUCAUCCAAGGUUUGUUUUCCUUACUUCCUGUUGUAUAUUAUCAUACCUAAUCAUGGUACUAAUAUGGUUAAUAUUUAGUUGGUGAUCGUUCUGACUCUUCGACUUAUGUUCGCAUGAAGCUUAAGGCCGCCCAAGAGGUAAUCCAAUAUUAUAUCCCAUUCAUAAUAUUCUCAUAAUCUAACAAUUGUGACUCAUAAAAGGCUAAUAUCACAUGUGAACUCUUACACUCCCCUGAGGAUAUCACUGAGGCCGAGCUCUUGGCUCAGCUACACCUUCUCAACAAUGACCCUGGGGUGCACGGUAUUCUAGUUCAGCUACCCUUGCCCAAACACAUUAACGAGUACACCAUUACCUCCGCGGUUGCGGAUGAGAAGGAUGUCGACGGGUUCGGUACCACGAAUAUCGGUGAACUUGCCAAGAAGGGUGGCCACCCAUUUUUCAUCCCCUGUACCCCCAAGGGAGUCAUGGUCCUCCUGCAGGAGGCAGGUGUGGACUUGAAGGGAAAGGAUGCUAUCGUUUUAGGCCGAAGUGACAUUGUCGGAAGCCCUGUCAGUUACUUGCUGAAGAACGCCGAUGCAACUGUCACCGUCUGCCAUUCCAAGACUCAAAAUAUUGAGGAGAAAUUGAAGAAGGCGGAUAUUGUGGUGGCUGCCAUUGGUCAGCCUGCCUUUGUGAAAGGAGAAUGGCUCAAACCCGGUGCCGUGGUCAUCGAUGUGGGCACCAACUACAUCCCUGACGCAUCUAAGAAAUCAGGACAACGAUUAGUGGGUGAUGUCGAUUUUGAGUCGGCUUCUCAAGUUGCCUCCUACAUCACACCAGUUCCAGGUGGCGUGGGUCCUAUGACAGUUGCUAUGUUACUCCAAAACGUUGUUGACUCUACCUCAUUGUAUUUUGAGCGCCAAAAGCAAAGGCGCAUUAUCCCUCUUCCCCUGAACCUGAGAAACCCCGUCCCCUCGGACAUUGAGGUUUCAAGGUCUCAGCCACCAAAACCAGUUACUCGCGUUGCUGAAGAGGUCGGAAUUGCGCACCAUGAGUUGGAGCCAUAUGGCGCAUACAAGGCUAAGGUAGAUUUGAGCCUAUUGAAGCGCCUAGAGCACCGUCGGAAUGGUCGCUAUGUUGUUGUAACCGGUAUUACCCCCACUCCCCUAGGUGAAGGAAAAUCCACCACCACCAUGGGAUUGGCACAAGCACUAGGAGCGCAUCUAGGUCGGAUAACUUUUGCAAAUGUUCGACAGCCCAGCCAAGGACCUACCUUUGGUAUCAAGGGAGGUGCAGCUGGCGGUGGAUACAGCCAGGUCAUACCGAUGGACGAAUUCAAUCUGCACUUGACUGGUGACAUACACGCUAUCUCAGCAGCAAACAAUCUUCUCGCUGCCGCUAUCGAGACACGCAUUUUCCACGAGAACACACAAAAGGAUGCACCCCUCUACCGAAGAUUAGUUCCAGUAAAGAACGGAAAGAGAAAUUUUGCUCCCGUCAUGUUCCGACGACUGAAGAAACUAGGCAUUGACAAGACUGACCCCAAUGAGCUUACCGAAGACGAAAUCCACCAAUUUGCUAGAUUAGACAUCGACCCCGAGACUAUCACAUGGAGGCGUGUGCUAGACGUCAACGACCGUCACUUGCGUGGUGUCACUGUCGGCACUGCACCAACUGAAAAGGGACAGAGCCGAGAGACCGGUUUUGAUAUUUCUGUCGCCAGCGAAUGUAUGGCUAUUCUCGCUAUGAGCACAAGUCUCGCCGAUAUGCGAGAAAGACUUGGCCGAAUGGUCGUCGCUACGUCUAGGUCAGGUGACCCAGUCACUUGUGAUGACAUAGGAGCGGGAGGUGCGUUAACGGCUCUCAUGAAGGAUGCUAUCAAGCCCAACUUGAUGCAAACUCUGGAGGGCACGCCUGUGUUUGUGCAUGCUGGUCCUUUCGCCAACAUUAGUAUUGGAAACAGCUCCAUCCUUGCCGAUAAGAUGGCACUGAAACUAGCGGGUACCGAGCCUGACGAAGACCACGACGCAAAGGCUGGUUUCGCAGUGACCGAAGCAGGUUUCGACUUCACCAUGGGAGGCGAGAGGUUCUUCAACAUUAAAUGUCGUGCUUCUGGUCUAGUCCCCGAUGUGGUCGUUAUCGUUGCUACGGUCCGUGCUUUGAAAGUACACGGUGGUGGCCCGCCAAUUGCUCCUGGUGCGCCGUUGGAUCCUGUCUACAAGCAAGAGAAUGUUGAGAUCCUUCGAAAUGGUUGCAUAAAUCUCAAGAAGCACAUCGCAAACGCGAAGACAUACGGAUGCCCAGUCGUCGUUGCUAUCAACAAAUUUGCCACUGAUACCGAUGCUGAAAUUGCUGUCGUACGUGAAGAAGCUAUCGCUGCCGGUGCUGAAGAUGCCAUCUUGGCAAACCACUGGGCUGAAGGCGGAAAGGGCGCCAUAGACCUCGCUAAGGGUGUGAUUGCCGCCUCUGAAAAGCCGAAAGACUUCGGUCUGUUAUACGAUGUGAGCGAGGGCUCCAUCCAGCAGCGCAUGGAAAUUAUCUGCCAGAAGAUGUACGGUGCUGCAGCUGUUGAGUUCAGCGAACUUGCCCAGAAAAAGAUUGAUACAUACACGAAACAAGGUUUUGGCAACCUUCCCAUUUGUAUCGCUAAGACACAAUAUUCGCUCUCCCAUGACCCGGAUCUCAAGGGUGCACCUACCGACUUUACUGUCCCGAUCAGGGACGUGAGGAUGGCCGCUGGUGCUGGCUAUCUGUAUGCCCUCGCAGCUGAUAUCCAGACGAUCCCCGGUCUUCCUACCGCCCCUGGUUACUUGAACGUCGACGUGGACACCGAAACGGGCGAAAUCGACGGACUUUUCUAGACACUUAAUAUUCUUAUGCCACAUCUAGAGAUGACUCGUCAUGUUUACAUUGGCGAAUAUAGACAUAAUAAGGAUAGAGUCCAAACUUAUUACAAGGGGCGAGGAGUCCCAUGCAUUGACUUCAACGGAUUCAACAGGGUUGGAGCAUUAGGACACACGAGGAGUAUAAGGUAUAAGACGGUCCGCCAUCAUCUGAAUUAGUCGAUCAUGACUAUUUAUUAUAUGAUACCUUCAACGGUAAUGCAUACCAUAAGAUAGGAUACUAUCCAACAGGGUUGUAAACGCCCUGAAGAAAGGAAUAAAUUUGCAUUAAAUUCCUCAUUAAACGCGCUUGAUGCUCGUUCUCGUGCCCACUCUAAAGUAUAGACUUAUUGUUCC